AAUCUGUACUAAUGUCUUCACUGCGAGACUACAAGGCUUUGAUAGCAGGACACGCGCGUUUAAAUCGCAUCGACUGAUAUGUGAAACACUGUCGAUCUGUGUAGUUUCACUUGAAACAAGUCAGCGUGCGAAGUUUUUGUUUGGACCUUUCCAUCUUUGUGGACCAUUACACGAAGGAAGCGGAAAUUACCAACCAGCUUGCUUUUCUCAGAGAGCUGCUGCGGAGUUGGGAGAAAUGGAAAAGCGAUCACUAUAACAUGAUUUUGCUGUUGUUAAGAUUAAGUAUUUAUUUAUAGAUCUUUUUUUCGCUGCACAGCGGAAGACUCUGCACCUCUGGGUUGACGGCAAGCAGACAAAGAAGAUCUGUCACUCCACGGUCAGCAGGGACAAGGACAGAAAUUAGGAGACUGAAGCAGAUCAGUCAGAGGUUUUAUUCUUGACUGUAGAAGCACUUCUUUUUGGACAUUUAUAUCCGUCUCUUGUCCACAAAGUCAUUGGCAUGGAGGCAAUAGCUAAAUAUGACUUCAAAGCUACUGCGGAUGAUGAAUUAAGUUUCAAGCGAGGAGAGAUUCUUAAGGUUUUAAAUGAAGAAUGUGACCAGAAUUGGUACAAGGCUGAACUCAACGGAAAAGAAGGAUUCAUCCCUAAAAAUUACAUAGAAAUGAAGCCACACCCCUGGUUUUAUGGGAAGAUUCCCCGUGCAAAGGCAGAAGAAAUGCUGAAUAAACAGAGGCACGAUGGAGCUUUUCUUAUAAGGGAGAGUGAAAGUGCACCUGGAGACUUCUCGCUCUCUGUUAAAUUUGGAAAUGAUGUCCAGCACUUCAAAGUUUUACGGGACGGAGCUGGAAAAUAUUUCUUGUGGGUGGUCAAAUUUAACUCGUUAAACUCUUUAGUGGAUUAUCAUCGCUCCACUUCUGUGUCCAGGAAUCAGCCUAUUUUCCUCAGGGACAUUGAACAAGUACCACAGAAUUCAACAUAUGUUCAAGCUUUGUUUGACUUCGACCCUCAAGAGGAUGGAGAGUUGGGUUUCAGGCGUGGAGAUUUUAUCCAGGUCCUGGACAACUCUGAUCCUAAUUGGUGGAAGGGGGCUUGUCACGGACAAACCGGAAUGUUUCCUCGCAAUUAUGUCACACCUGUCAAUCAAAACAUGUAACUUGCAGAGAAAAUGUUGGCCUGCAUAAAGCACCUGUGGACUUAUAGCUGGGUUGCCACGGAAACAGAAAUGUCGGAGUGAUGGGAUGAAAAGGCUCAAUUGGUGAUCCGGAUGACGAUUGGCCGGAAAAAGAGAGACUGUGCUGUUUGGUGUGGUUGACAUUUAAAGAAGCACUACUGGCUGUGUGAGAAGAUGCUCAAGACUGAUAUUUUACUCAUGUUUAUCACAUCAGCUUUGCUUUUGAUGGAGCUUUAUUUUAUAUGACAUCAGUUGUGCUAAAAAAAAAAAA